UAUCAGUACUGACGUUUAUGCCUCACAGAAAAAUUGAGCGGUUGGAUUAGUUCAACAGAGAAAAAAACACAAUGUCCAAGCGUCGAAUCGAUGUUGGAGAUAGCAUGUCCAAUACUAAGAAAAAUAGAGAUGAAGAUGCAAGUGGAGAUAAAAAAGAUGAAAAGGGUGGAAAAUCUCAAUCAAUAUUUGAACAGUUCAACAUACCAAGGCCUACACUUCAGCUUAAUCCAUUUACUGGUCUACCAUUUACCCCACGUUAUUAUGAGUUGUUUCGUAAGCGUUCUACUCUACCUGUCUGGGAAUACAAAGAAAGAUUUGUUGAUAUGGUAACUAAACAUCAGACAAUUGUGUUGGUUGGUGAAACUGGAUCUGGCAAAACUACUCAGAUACCACAAUGGUGUCUGGAGUGGGUUAGAGCUAGAAAUCCUAAAAAAGGUGUUGCAUGUACACAGCCUCGUAGAGUAGCUGCUAUGUCAGUUGCACAACGUGUUUCAGAAGAGAUGGAUGUAUGUUUAGGUCAAGAAGUUGGUUAUAGCAUUAGGUUUGAAGACUGUACAUCUCAAAAGACUGUUCUCAAAUACAUGACAGAUGGUAUGCUUCUGCGAGAAGCAAUGUCUGACCCAUUGUUGGAAGCUUAUGGAAUCAUUAUGCUUGAUGAGGCCCAUGAACGUACUUUAGCUACUGACAUUUUAAUGGGUUUACUAAAAGAAGUUGCUAAGCAAAGACCAGAUUUGAAAAUAAUCAUCAUGAGUGCAACUUUGGAUGCUGGCAAGUUUCAGACUUACUUUGAUAAUGCACCACUAAUGAGUGUGCCAGGAAGAACCCAUCCUGUAGAAAUAUUUUAUACACCUGAACCUGAGAGAGAUUAUUUGGAAGCAGCCAUCAGAACUGUUAUUCAAAUUCAUAUGUGUGAAGAGACGGAAGGAGAUAUGCUAUUGUUUCUCACAGGUCAAGAGGAAAUAGACGAAGCAUGUAAAAGAAUACAAAGAGAAAUAGAUAAUCUUGGACAGGAUGUUGGUGAUCUGAAAUGUAUUCCCUUAUAUUCCACUUUACCACCAAAUCUUCAGCAACGGAUUUUUGAACCUCCUCCACCAAAAAAAGCUAAUGGUGCUAUAGGCAGAAAAGUAGUUGUAUCUACAAAUUUAGCAGAAACAUCUCUAACCAUUGAUGGUGUUGUAUUUGUUAUAGACCCUGGAUUUGCAAAGCAAAAGGUAUAUAACCCUCGUAUUAGAGUGGAGUCUCUUCUCGUCACUGCCAUUUCUAAAGCCAGUGCACAACAAAGAGCGGGAAGAGCAGGGCGUACAAGGCCAGGCAAAUGUUUUCGUUUGUACACAGAAAAAGCCUACAAACAAGAAAUGCAGGAAAACACAUAUCCAGAAAUUCUCAGAUCAAACCUUGGUACUGUUGUAUUACAGCUUAAAAAACUAGGAAUUGAUGAUUUAGUGCAUUUUGAUUUUAUGGAUCCACCAGCUCCCGAAACUCUUAUGCGAGCUCUGGAGUUGCUCAAUUAUCUUGCUGCUCUUGAUGAUGAUGGUGAAAUUACUGAGCUUGGUUCUAUGAUGGCGGAGUUCCCUCUUGAUCCUCAACUAGCUAAGAUGGUUAUUGCUAGCUGUGACAACAACUGUUCCAAUGAAGUGCUUUCAAUAACAGCUAUGCUUUCAGUCCCGCAGUGUUUUGUCAGACCCAUGGAAGCCAAGAAAGCUGCAGAUGAGUCUAAGAUGAGGUUCGCUCACAUAGACGGCGAUCACCUCACCCUUCUGAACGUGUAUCAUGCAUUCAAGCAAAAUCAUGAAGAUCCUCAGUGGUGCUAUGAUAACUUUGUGAAUUACCGGUCAUUGAAGAGUGCAGAUAAUGUUCGUCAACAGCUGGCCAGAAUUAUGGACCGUUUCAAUUUACGCAGAUCCAGCACAGAAUUCACAUCUCGUGACUACUAUAUUAAUAUCAGAAAAGCUUUGGUGUCUGGAUUCUUUAUGCAAGUAGCACAUCUAGAACGCACAGGUCACUAUUUAACAGUAAAAGAUAGCCAGGUUGUACAACUCCACCCGUCUACAGUACUAGAUCACAAACCAGACUGGGUUCUCUACAAUGAGUUUGUGCUUACAACAAAAAAUUACAUACGUACAGUCACAGACGUCAAACCUGAGUGGCUGGUGAAAAUUGCACCACAGUACUACGAUAUGGCAAACUUUCCAAUGUGUGAGGCAAAGAGACAACUAGAAAGAAUAAUUGCUAAGCUUCAGACAGGAAGAGGGGGAAACAACUAACAGUUCUUUGAUGAUUUGUUUUAUGUUUGGAAAUGAAAUUGUCAUUUUAAUCAUGUUUUGCACACUGGAUACAAAAAAUCAAUCCUGUAUAACAUACUGUUUUUAUAUACAUUUCAAAUUAUUGUCUAUUUUCUGUUUCAACACUGGUUAAAACAUCCAAGUUUCAAUGCUCUUGCUCGAAUUAUGGACAGUUGAUGAAUUAAAUUAUUAUUUAGGAGCUGAAUUAUUUUAUUCUGUAAUACUAAAUUAAUUUUCAAAUUGAUGUUUUUUGUUAAAAAAGUGCCAUUAUGAAUAUUUCAAAUCUAGAAAACAAAGAUCUGCUUAAAAACUUCAUACAUUUUUACUUAUGAUUAUUGGCACUAUAUUAUUUUACAUUUAACAAAUGAAAAUGGUUUCAAAUCAUGCUUGUAAUUAGGGCAAUGGAGAGUUAAUAAUUAUAAAUAUUUGAUUUAUUAAGCUCAUGUAAAAAAAAAAAACUUGUUUUUUUUUUUUAAGUUCUAUGAAAUAAAGCUAAUUAAAAUGUAUAUUUUGUAGACAUGUUACUGGACCACAGAGGAAUCAUUUAAAAUUUCAUCUUGCUGUAAUUGUGGAAAUUAUUUUAGGACUUGUAGUUUUUUCUUUUUAUUGCAGUUCUUGAAAUAAUUUCCUCAUUAAAAUUCACAUUUUUAAUA